AUGGAAUUCCCACCGGAUUUCAAGAAUUGGCAAUUUCCACCCCCGGAGCGCCUGUUUGAUGCACCCGCACUCACUGUUGUUCCUGAUGACAAGAAGGUCAUAGCCAAGAACAUCGAGGAUCAGGCGAAAUAUGCCAAAGCUCUCUUCAUAUGGACGGAUUGUGAUCGCGAAGGCGAGCAUAUCGGCAGUGAGAUCCGCGAGGCAGCCAGAAAAGGCAAUGCGCGGAUUGAAAUCAAGAGAGCUAGAUUCAGCAACAUCGAACGAGCCCACAUCCUGAGUGCCGCUCGGCGCCUCGAUACGCUGGAUGAUAAGCAGGUCGAUGCUGUCUCUACUCGAAUAGAGCUGGACCUGAGAAUCGGGUUUGCUUUCACUCGUUUCUUGACGAACAGCUUGCGCACUCUCGGUGCACCAUUGGAGGAUCUCGUCAUCAGCUAUGGCUCAUGUCAAUUCCCAACACUCGGAUUUGUGGUUGACCGGUACUUCAAGGUGAAGAACUUCGUACCAGAGGAAUUCUGGGGUAUCAAGGUUAUACACAAGAAAGACGGCCUGAGCGUUACCUUCAAUUGGGCACGACAUCGACUUUUCGACAGAGCAGCCGUUGUCAUACUAUUCGAAAGAUGUUUGACAGCGAAGACCGCCGAGGUUGUCAAAGUGCAAGAGAAACCAACUUCAAAAUGGAAGCCACUGCCUCUGACAACUGUUGAAUUGCAGAAGAUGGCAACACGGUUUCUCCAUAUGAGCGGUCAGCAAGCGAUGACUAUUGCCGAAGCCUUGUAUAAUCGAGGGUUUAUCAGCUACCCAAGAACGGAAACCGACCGUUUCGACAAAGGAAUGGACCUUCGGGCUCUUGUUCGAAAGCAAACUACUGACAACAGGUGGGGAGCUUUUGCUCAGAAUCUCGUGGAUGGUGGAUUUCAACAGCCGCGUAAUGGUCGCCAUGAUGACAAGGCUCACCCCCCAAUCCAUCCUGUCACAUAUGCAGCACCGAAUGCUCUGACAGCAGAUGAAAAGCGGCUGUACGAGCUCGUUGUCCGCCGAUUUUUAGCUUGUUGCUCUGAAGAUGCUAAAGGAGUUGCUACUGACGUCGAUAUCCGAUAUGGCGAUGAAGCAUUUCAUGCACAUGGAGUGAUUGUUUUGGAGCGAAACUAUCUAGAUGUCUACCCUUACGAAAACUGGACUAAUACGGCUGAACUGCCGAAAUUUACAGUUGGUGAACGAUUUGAGCCUACAGAAGCAAUGAUUACGGAAGGGAAAACAACAGCUCCAAGUUACUUAACAGAAGCGGACCUCAUUGCUCUGAUGGAUGCGAACGGUAUCGGGACUGAUGCGACAAUGGCAGAGCAUAUUCAGAAGAUUCAGGAUAGGGAGUAUGUACGAACUGUCGACCGAGCUGGAACCCAAGUCAAUGACGGUGAUGACGACUCGGACGAGGCUCCACCGGCCAGGGGAGGACGUGGAGGUCGCGGCAGUCGCGGCGGCCGUGGAAGAGGAAGGGGCCGUGGAGGCGGGGCAGCUGCAGGAGGAGGCCGGCGGGGCGUGAAGGAGUUCAUUCCAACACAGCUCGGGGUGGCUCUUAUUGAGGGGUUCGACCGAAUGAACUUCGAGACGAGCCUUGGUAAGCCUUUCCUGCGGAAGGAGAUGGAACUCAAGAUGAAGGCGAUCUGCGAAGGCCAAACAACCCGAGAGGUCGUUCUCCGAGAGAACCUGCAUCAGUAUCGGCAGGUCUUCAACCAAUCCGUGGAACAACUCGAUGUUCUUAAAGCUGUGAGUUACCCAAAACAGCUCAAUGCUGUCGCCAUGCAAAAAGACUGA